AUGGCGAUGGUCCCUGGGAACAUUCCUGUAGUGAAGCGCAGGUUCGGCUCUAUGGAAGGUGAUGUGGUUGUGGAGGCUAAGUUUCCUAAAAGGCGACGAAGAGAGCCGAAUUCUUCAGCAGCAGCAGCAGCAGCAUUGAAAGAAGGUACCAAUCAAGCUUCCUCUUCUACAACGACGACGACUAGUACUACAACUGCUCCCAUUGUGAAGAGAAGCUCCAGGUUCAGGGGAGUUAGCAGGCAUAGAUGGACUGGAAGAUAUGAAGCUCAUCUGUGGGAUAAGGGGUCCUGGAAUCCAACCCAGAAGAAGAAAGGGAAGCAAGGUGCUUAUGAUGAAGAGGAAUCUGCUGCAAGAGCUUAUGAUCUGGCAGCUCUCAAGUACUGGGGACUGUCAGCCUUCACAAAUUUCCCUGUUUCUGACUAUGAGAGUGAACUUGAAAUAAUGAAGAAUGUGACAAAAGAGGAGUACCUAGCCUCACUGAGAAGAAGAAGCAGUGGAUUCUCAAGAGGUGUGUCGAAAUACAGAGGGGUUGCAAGGCACCACCAUAAUGGAAGAUGGGAAGCAAGGAUAGGGAGAGUCUUUGGGAACAAGUACUUGUACCUUGGAACCUACAGUACCCAAGAGGAGGCAGCUAGAGCCUAUGACAUAGCAGCAAUCGAAUACCGCGGAAUCAAUGCUGUAACGAAUUUCGAUCUCAGCACAUACAUCAGGUGGCUGAAACCAGAAUCUGAUACCCCUUCUUCCACUGAUGUUCACCAACACCAUGAAUCCAAAUUGGAUCUGGAGAACUUCCCACUGACAACAACAGCAGCAGCAGCAGCAGCUUCUUCUUCUUCUUGCCCUUCCAUGGCCUACUUCCAACCUGACAAAGCAACAACAACACAACAAAAUCACCACCACCUCCCACUUCUACAUUCCAGCCUUAGAAUACUAGACAAUCUGAAUGAGAACCCACUGGAGCAGGAACUCUUCCAGACAAGACCAGCAGGCAUGUUCUCCCCUCCAAGUGGCAACAAGAACACCUGCCUGUCGUCGUCGUCACCAUCUUCAUCCCUAGCAUCAUCCACAACUACUUCCCCAUCGGCGCUCGGCCUCCUGCUCAAGUCAUCAGUGUUCAAACAACUCGUUGAGAAGAACUUGAACACCAGUAGCAGCAGUAGUGGUAGCAACAGUAAUAACCACCAUCAUCUCUCCACUGAGCUAAAGAAUUUCCAGCUCCCCUCAAUGGGUGGGACUGGGACACACAAAGAGGAAGUGAUGGAUGAGGAGGCAGCAGAGAUGUACUGCAACGGGAUCAGCCAUAGCCAGAGCUCCUUCAUGAUGUACUCAUCAGGGAGUGGCAGUGGCAAGGAGGCCGCCGGUUUGUCGAAUUUGGAGUGGAAGGAGGAAGAGAGUUUGUUGCCAUUGUUCAACUCAUCAGCAGGAGGGCAGUCUUUCUGGGAUGGAUCACUAACCCUCCCUUCUCCAUUCCACUGA